ACACACUUUAUUUGAAGUGCACAAAAAUUACACUUCAGUCCAGGGGCGGACUGACCGUUUGGAAACUCGGGCACUGCCCGAGGGCCCGGGGUCAGUAGGGGGCCCCAUGAGAUCUUCCUGUUACCUUUUUCAUAGGCUUUUUUGAGUUUGGGCAAGGACACAGGAGCCCCAUGAUCCCCUAUUGCCCGGGGUCCCCAGGAGUUGUCAGUCCGCCCCUGCUUCAGUCAUGUCACUGUACUCAUCAGUGCUGCCUAUCAGUGCCUCCUAUUAGUGCCCAUCAGUGCUGCCUAUCAGUG